CCCACGCAUGAACCACUCCCCUCCCUCUCCUCGCGCAAGCAUCCUCUCCUCCUACCCUCGCACGCGCUAGGGUUCCUGCGCUGCCGCCACACGGGAGCUUGUCGACCAGCCCAGCGUCCUCCGGAUCGCCGCCGCCCCUCACCUGAUCGCCGCCGUCACCGCCCCGGAUCGCCACCUUCGCUUUCGGAAUCGCUGCAAACGUCUCGUCGCCCCGGAUCGCCGCUAUCACCGGGCCAUGGCGGUGGAGGUCGACGACACUCGGAAGCACAGGGUGGCGGCUUUCCUGGACGACCCCUUCCAGGUGAUGCAGGCGAAGCGGGGCCGGUGCUCACCGUCCGCCACCGCGGACUCGGUCGCCGACCUCGGCAUUAACAUGGAGUUCGACCCCGUCGAGGCGGUCCAGUUCGUCUUCCCCGGCGCCGAUCCGCAGCUUCCGCGGGGCUAUCUCGAAGCGUCGGGAAAUGUCUUGGAUGCUGCCAUCAGAAGCUUCAGGGAUUAUUUGGCAUCGGAUUCAGCAACGACCAAUGCUGGUGCCUCCUCAUCUGGAGUGGCAUCUGAUGUGCCGGUGAUGAAUACUCCAGCCAACAGGAUUGAAUGGGCAGAGCUAAUUGUCAAGGAGAUGUCGUCCGCUUCAGAUCUGAAUCACGCCAGGAAUCGAGUCUUCAGGAUACUUGAAAUGUUCGACAAAUGUGCUGCAAACUACAGUACUCCUGAUGAGGCGCAUAAAUGCGUGAGAUGAAGGGCACGACGGAUGGCGCCGGCGGGAAGGUGAGCAGCGGUGGAGAUAAGCAAGGAAAGGAGUAGUGUGAGGCGGUUGGCGGUGUUGAAGAGGAUGAGAGGGCCGCACACUCGGUGCCAUGCUACUGGAGGGCCCGCUGCUGGAGGACGUCCUAGGGAUUUUUGGAUCAAUGACAGUAACAUUGGCGACACAGAUAUCUUCUUCCAUCUCUGGAUCCUGAAUCUACAGUUCUGUAAUCAUCAAAUACACGCAGUAGCGAUGGUACAAUUGCAUGGUUGUGACUGCCGACCAGUACACGAGUGGGGCUGCCGUUCUCCUACCGGUAAUCAGCUGCUCCAGUGCCACCGCAUAUAUACUCCGAUGAGUAUCCUUGAUAUCUUCCCUCCACAUUGCAUCUAAUGACACACUUCCACAUUGCAUCUGAUGACACACUUCCAACUGGAAUAUAUCAAUUACAUACCAUGGUCAUAAGUGUCACACUUCCAACUUAGGACAUGUCAUGAUGAUGUGCUUUUUGGUUAUCCUAGGACUUACAAAAACAUGUCAUCUGAUCUGUUCCCCUUCGGUACAUUAGAUGUUAUAGGUCAUCUGUUGAGCGGUUAUAAUGACUUCUUCUUUGGGUAAGUCUAUGCUAAAAUAUAUGCAGAUUUCCUCUCAAAACUAUCUACCAGUCAUAUUGUUAAGGGAGGAUCCAAUCUAUUACUUUGAAUUUAAGCUAUCACAUUUAUCAUAUAGUAUUUAAUAUUGGUAGAAGAUUAAAUUAUUGACAUGACUUUAAUUGAAAAUUUUAGGUGAAAUUUGAAACUUCCCUUGAGAGAUGCUAAAGUACUAUUUAUUUGACCGGUUUGGUGUACAUUGACCUUUACCGCCUGAAUGUUAUGAAUUAUAUUCGUGGUGGAUGAUAUGAAUGUUGGGGAGGUGAUGGAGAAGUAUGGCAAGGAACUUGUGAAGGCUGAGGGCAUGGAGAAGAAGGGGAGAAUCUAAGUGGGAGGCUGACAUUAGCGAAGGAGAAGGCUAGAUGAGUGUUGGCAUUGGCCGACAAUGGGUCAUUGCAGAUGGCAUUCACUGAAUUACUCAAGGAAUUGAAGCUCCCAAAAUGAUCAAAUAAAUAAGAUAGCAAUGAGACAUAGAAUGUUGUGUUAUUAAUUAUCUUUGUCCUCAAAAAGGAUGUCGUGAUAGUAGUCGUGCUUUGCCUAUAAGUUGCUUCAACAACUAUAUUCUUGAAA